AAAAAAUGCAAUAAAUAGAAUCCAAGAGGCGCAAGAAACGAUGCUAGAUACCACACUAGCGUUGAGUUGCAGUGACAGUUACAGCAUCGUCAACGCCGGAGCGAUUCCACCAUCUCCGUCGCUGCUCGUCUCUUCCCUUCAACACCACCGUCGUCUUCCGAACAAGCCAUUUUCAUCAUCAGCGAUCACUCUCAGGAAAAAUUGGUACUGUGAGAGGGUUAUAACCAAAAUGGCUAGUAAUGAAGGUCAGACAGUGACGAGUGGUAGCGAUGUUAGAUCAGGGAAUAUGAUUUUUGAGCCAAUUUUGUGUGAUGGGGUGUUUCGAUUCGAUUGUUCUGUUAAUGAUAGAGAGGCAGCAUAUCCCAGUAUUUCUUUUGUCAAUAGCAGUGAUAGAGAAACGCCCGUCGCUACUGACAAGGUUCCUUCAUACAACCCUACUUUUGAGUGCCUGCUAGACCAGCAAGUUGUCGAACUUGAGCUACCUAUAGGUUCCUCCCUUUAUGGAACUGGAGAAGUUAGUGGACAGCUUGAGAGGACAGGCAAAAGAGUUUUCACAUGGAACACGGACGCAUGGGGUUAUGGUUCUGGAACUACAUCCUUAUACCAGUCACAUCCAUGGGUAUUAGCUGUUCUUCCAAAUGGAGAAUCAGUAGGAAUUCUUGCUGACACUACAAGGCGCUGUGAGAUUGAUUUGAGGAAAGAAUCAACAAUACGUUUUGUUGCUUCAUCCUCAUAUCCUGUUAUUACAUUUGGUCCUUUUGCUUCACCCACAGAAGUUUUGAUAUCUCUAUCAAAAGCAAUUGGAACGGUGUUUAUGCCCCCAAAAUGGUCAUUAGGCUAUCAUCAAUGCCGUUGGAGCUAUAUGUCUGAUCAGAAAGUUCUGAAGGUAGCAGAGACAUUCAGGAAAAAGCGCAUACCUUGUGACGUGAUAUGGAUGGAUAUUGAUUACAUGGAUGGUUUUCGUUGUUUUACCUUUGACAAGGAGCGUUUUCGAGAUCCAAAGUCUUUAGCAAAAGACCUCCACGAUAGUGGUUUUAAAGCUAUUUGGAUGCUUGAUCCUGGUAUCAAGCAGGAAGAGGGUUAUUUUGUAUAUGACAGUGGUUCUAAAAAUGAUGUUUGGGUGCAAAAAGCAGAUGGAACACCAUUUGUUGGGAACGUUUGGCCUGGACCUUGUGUCUUCCCUGACUAUACACAGUUAAAAGUUCGUGCAUGGUGGGCAAAUUUGGUUAAAGAUUUCAUUCCCAACGGUGUUGAUGGUAUAUGGAAUGAUAUGAAUGAACCAGCUAUCUUUAAGGUUGUGACAAAAACAAUGCCUGAGAGCAAUGUUCAUAGAGGAGAUGGUGAACUUGGAGGUUGUCAGAGCCAUUCUUUCUAUCAUAAUGUGUAUGGUAUGCUGAUGGCAAGGUCAACCUAUGAAGGCAUGAAACUAGCAAACAAAAAUAAGCGUCCUUUUGUUCUCACCAGAGCUGGAUUUAUUGGCAGCCAAAGAUAUGCUGCAACAUGGAGUGGAGAUAAUCUUUCAACCUGGGAACAUCUUCAUAUGAGUAUCUCCAUGGUACUUCAGCUGGGACUCAGUGGUCAACCACUUUCAGGUCCUGAUAUUGGUGGAUUUGCUGGAAAUGCAACACCAAGACUUUUUGGAAGGUGGAUGGGUAUAGCUUCCCUGUUUCCCUUUUGCCGAGGGCACUCUGAAGCUGGAACCACCGAUCAUGAACCCUGGUCUUUUGGGGAAGAGUGUGAAGAAGUCUGCCGAUUGGCAUUGCAGAGACGCUACCGCCUUAUCCCACUUAUCUACACUCUUUUUUAUUUUGCACAUACGAAGGGCAUUCCAGUGGCAACCCCUACUUUUUUUGCUGAUACAAAGGAUCCUAGGCUGAGGAAACUUGAAAAUUCGUUUCUGCUUGGUCCAGUUUUAGUAUACGCAAGCACCUUACGCAGUCAGAGGUUGGAUAAAUUGGAGUUUUCUUUGCCUAGAGGGAUAUGGUUGGGUUUUGAUUUUGGUGAUGCACAUCCGGAUUUGCCAGCUUUAUAUUUAAAAGGUGGCUCAAUUAUUCCUGUAGGGCUUCCUGGUCAGCAUGUUGGAGAAGCCAGACCAUUGGAUGAGUUGACACUUCUUGUGGCCUUAGAUGAAUACGGGAAAGCUGAAGGUUCUCUAUUUGAGGAUGAUGGCGAUGGAUAUGAAUUCACUCAGGGAAAUUAUUUAUUAACCCAUUAUGUGGCUCAACGCCGAUCAUCAUCUCUUAUUACCGUGAGUGUGCACAAAACUGAAGGAUCAUGGGAAAGACCUAAACGCCACCUCAAUGUUCGAUUAUUGCUAGGUGGGAAUGCAGUGCUUGAUACGUGGGGAAUGGAUGGGGAAGUAGUACAAAUAAUUUUGCCUUCAGAAGAGGACGUGUUGAACUUGGUAUCUUCUUCUGAGAAGCAUUGCAAGGAGCAAUUGGAAAAAGCAAUUCAAAUUCCUGAUGUAGAAGAGGUCUCUGGACCCAAAGGAAUAGAGCUUUCAAGAACUCCCAUAGAACUGAAAAGUAGUGAGUGGAUUCUUAAAGUGGUUCCUUGGAUUGGAGGUAGAAUCAUCUCCAUGAUACACACUCCUUCAGGAACACAGUGGCUCCAUAGCAGGAUUGAUAUCAGCGGGUAUGAGGAGUACAGUGGUACAGAGUAUCGUUCAGCUGGGUGUUCCGAAGAAUACUCUGUCAUUGAUCGAGAACUUGAGCAUGCAGGAGAGGAGGAAUCUGUGCUAUUAGAGGGUGACAUUGGUGGAGGAUUGGUUCUUCAACGGAAGAUCUAUUUUCCGGAGAAUGCUGCAAAUGUCAUCCAGAUAGACUCUAACAUAAUAGCCCACAGCGUUGGAGCUGGUUCUGGAGGGUUCUCAAGGUUGGUCUGCUUAAGAGUUCACCCAACAUUCUGUCUUUUGCACCCCGCGGACUCUUUUAUCUCGUUCACUUCAAUUGAUGGAUCAACGCAUGAAGUCUUUCCUGAUGGUGGGGAGCAAAUCUUUGAAGGGAGCCUUAUUCCUAAUGGUGAGUGGAGGCUUAUUGAUAAAUGUCUUGGCUUUGCACUGGUCAAUCGAUUUAAUGUUACUGAGGUAUUCAAGUGUCUUGUUCACUGGGAUUGUGGCACUGUCAACUUGGAGCUUUGGUCCGAAAGCAGGCCCGUCUCAAAGGAAUCCCCACUUCGAAUUUCCCAUCAAUAUGAGGUUAUGAGAAUUGAGUAAUCGCUUAAUUGGUCAUUACUCAAAGUAUUGGAAUUUUAGAAUUGGCAGAACAGUGUUAUAGAUUCUUUUGUUUGCAUAUGAUAAUUCCCAGACAAUUGUACUAAAUUGUGGUCUAGUAUGCCUUGUCGAAUUCAAACGAAGGAAAAGCAUCCAUGUACUGUAAUCAAUAUCAAACUAUCAAUCCAUAUCGCACUACAAGGUAUGCUCUUUGCCAGGAAA